AUGGAGUCGAAUGAGAGAGAAAAUGGAAACAACUCGCCAAGUUCCACGGGAGAUGUAUCACAGAAGAUUAAGAAAUUAGUGACUAACCCAAUACAAACGCGAGACACAAAAGCAAGUGAUGAUUCAGAGAAAAGUGACGAUGAGUCUAACCAAGAAAUAACACACGGAGAUAAAAUAAUUGAGGCUGUAAAAGAAGAAAACAAAAUUAAAAAACAAAGAGAAAAGCAUAAGAAAAGACAGCCCAUGGAUGAUCUAGAAGAGGAGGACAAGUUUUCUUUCUUUGAUACUCUUGGGUACAUAGAAAGAAAUUUAACUGGUCUAUGGUUCUAUACAGCAGUAUUUGCAUAUGCAGUAGUUGGUUGUUUGCUUAUUAUGCUGUCUCCAACGCUGGUUAUUUUAUUAGAAAAGCCUGGUAUGCCAAAGCUACUAAUGCCAAUCACCCAAUACAAAGGGGUGACUUCUUCUCAGAUAAACUUUAAGCUAGGGGUAUUCUUCUGUGCUGUAUUUCUUAGCUAUCUUGUAAUAUAUCUAAUAAUGAACAGACUGGUGUUUAUCGUUGCAAUGGUUUGUGAUAUGUUUAAUCAUAAGAUAAGCAAUGAUGGUAAAAUCAUUCUGUUUAUUGUUGAUGAUAUAAAAUAUCUGAUAACUGUUCUGAUAGUGAGUAUUUUCGGAAUAAUCCACUGUAAUCUGUUCAUGGAAGACUAUUCUUUGACAAGAAUGGAGGUUAAAGGAUACGGUAGACUUGGAGGAUAUUCAAUGUGUGCGGGUAUUUUGUUCUUUUUCUUUAUAGUGGAGAAGUUCUUCUUAAAGUUGGCAAUUGCAUACUGUGGGAAUAAUGUGUUUUCUGGAAGAAUUGGAGAUGUAAAUUUCAAAACCUCUAUUCUAAGGAGGCUGUCUAUUUAUGCACAAAGUAUCAACCAAAGAGGAAUGGGGAAUAUGAACGCCGAUUCAAUGGAGGGCAUAGAAAUAACCAACACAUUCCUAGUGCACUUUGUUGACUUUAAAAUUAAGUCUAAGUCCCAGUGUGAGGACAUUGUAUAUGAAAUACUGAACAGCAUAGCAGCAGAUGACAGUAACACAGAAAAUAACGAUCCAAACAAACCAGAUGCGCACUUAAAGAUGCAAAUAACAAUUGAUAGCAUACGAGAUGCAUUUGGCAAUCAGUGGAUGGAGAUUUGGAGGUAUCUAGAAUCCCAUGAAUAUGUAAAAGAAGUUGAUGGGAAUUCUGUUAUUAGAGGAAAGGAUCUUUUAAACCUUGCUAUCUCUGUAUAUGGGGAAAGAAUAGAUCUCAAACGAACAUUAUACGACAGAGAUAAGAUUCUGGGAAUAUUAGACACAAUCUUACAAAUAGUGGCAAUUAUUCUUACUCUUAUGAUCAGCACGCCAUUCAUUGGAUUUAAUCCUAUUAAUGCACUUGCUGGAUUUGUUCCAUUACUUAUGAGCUCUGGCUGGCUCUUUUCUGACAUUAUUAAGGAUGUGUUUAAUAAUUUCAUAUUCUUAUUGCAUGAGCACGCAUUUGAUGUGGGCGAUAAAAUACUAGUUCAUAGCAAAGAGUUCACUGUUUUAAGGAUAGACCUAAUGUACAGCACAUUCACAUCAAAAGGAGGAACAGUAUGCUACAUCCCAAACAAAGAACUAAUAAAAGAGUCAAUUUUUAACGUUCGAAGAAGUGACAUACAGACAGAGCUAGUCGUCUUUAUAAUCAAAGAUGAAGUAACAAUUGAUAAAUUGAAUGAGAUCAAGGAAAAGAUAGUAAACAUACUAAAGAGCAAAGAACAGGACAGUAAAAAGAGAAUUAGCAUACAGGAUUACGAAACAAAGAGUGACACCACAGUGAUUACAUUCAGAAUUGAGUAUCUGUGCAACUUCAGAGAUCCCGAACCAAAGUUCACAAGAAGGCAUCUUCCACUAGAGAUUAUUCAGAAAGCACUUGUUUCAGCAGGGUGUUCCUAUGCAGAACAAAAAGCAGAAAGUACAGUCUAA